AUGGUAGAAUCUGAUUCCGCCGGCCACUUCGAGGCGCUGCCUCUGAUCAGCAUGUCCGCCCUUUCCCCCAAGCGGUGGCGCGUGGGGGAGAGGGUGGAGGUUUCCCGCCAGGGGGCGGGCCUUCAGGGGGGAUGGUUCACUGCCGUGCUGCUGGCGGUAGACAGAGGCGCGCAGACGGGUUCAGUGCGGUACGAGGAGAUGAUGGAGGCCGACGGGGUGACCAGGCUGAGUGAACACGUCAGCUUGGAUCAGAUCCGCCCUGUGCCACCUGGCAUGGAGGGAGGCGGCUCUGCCACGUGGAACGAGGGCCAAGCAGUGGAGGUUUGGCACAACAACGCCUGGUGGAUCGGCACCAUCCUUGGCCGAACCACGCCGGAACCUGACUCUCCCGGCGCCACGUCUGGCGCUAGGCUCGGCACCGAGGCUGAGGGGCAGGGUGGAGUGGAGAUGCAGGCUGCUGCUCAUGGGGAGAAAGAUCAAGAAGAGCAGCUGAAUCGAACGCAUGGGCAGGUGACAGUAGGACAGGGUGCCGUUAUUGAAGGGCGGGCGGGCUCUGUGGGUGUGAGUGCGGGUGAUGGCGCUGAUUGUGACGGAUGUGAGGGAGCAGUUGGCAGAGGGGAUGGUGAAAAGAGGGAUGCUGGGGCGAAGACUGGAGUGGACGAGAAGGGUGGAGAUGAGAAGCGAGAAGAGGGUGGAGAUUAUAAGGGAGAGAAGGGUGGAGAUGAGAAGGGAGAGGAGGGUGGAGAUGAGAAGGGAGGGGAGGGUGGAGAUGAGAAGGGAGGGGAGGGUGGAGAUGAGAAGGGAGGGGAGGGUGGAGAUGAGAAGGGAGAGGAGGAGAAGUGCCAAGGCAGUGAGGAAGAAGGAAAGAAGGCCACUGCUCUAGCCACGAUUCUUGGCAGCAAAGCAGGCAUCUUUGCGCUCUCAUUUGGUUCAUUGGAAGGGGAGGGGGUAAGGCAAGGAGUGGAAGAGAAGGGGCUGGGUCAAAGCGGGGGCUUGAAACCAGACGAGGGGGGUGGGCGUGCGUGCUCGUCAGCAGAUACAACCUGCCAGGAUGGCACCUGCCAGGAUGGCACUUGCCAGGAUGGCACUUGUCAGGAUGGCACUUGUCAGGAUGGCACUUGUCAGGAUGGCACUUGCCAGGAUGGCACUUGUCAGGAUGGCACUUGCCAGGAUGGCACUUGUCAGGAUGGCACUUGUCAGGAUGGCACUUGCCAGGAUGGCACUUGCCAGGAUGGCACUUGUCAGGAUGGCACUUGCCAGGAUGGCACUUGUCAGGAUGGCACUUGUCAGGAUGGCACCGGUCAGGAUGGCACCUGCCAGGAUGGCACCGGUCAGAGUAUCCCCUGUGAGGAUGACCCGUGGGACCUGGGUGCUGCAGAUGCUGCUGUCAGUGCUACCACUGCUCCUGCAGUGGUGGUUUACAAACGGAGGAAGACGGGUCAGGGAUACGCGGCAGGCAGGAAGGGAGGGCUGCACACGCACAAGGGGAUUGUUGAGGUGGAGGAGAAGGAGACGGAGGUUGAGAGGGGUGGUGGUAGGAGACCCGGGGAUGGUAAGAGUACGGUUGAUGGGAAGGUGAGGAAGAGGGAGGGGCUUGCGCGGCAGUGCAAGGAAAAGAAAGGAGGAGAGGAGAGACGAUUAGGUAGAGACAGAGGAGGAGGAGGGAGAGAAGGUGUUUUGAAGGCCACCACUCCCAAUGUCACAUUGAAAUCACCUGCUCUGUUGAAAUCGCCUGAUCUGUUGAGAUCAUCUGCUCUGUUAAAAUCACCUGAUCUGCUGAAAGCACCUGCCGCAUGCCUUGCCAAUCCCACCGUACCACCAACCACACCUGUGGCCUCACGAGCCCUUGGCGCUCCAGCCGCUAACACACCUGCUGUUGGUGUUGGUGCCCCUGCCACCCCUGCUGCAAUGCCCGCAACCCCCGUGGUGGUUGGGGAGAAUCUGCGAGGGCAGCGGGGGCAGCGGGGCCAACUGCCAGGUCAACUGGCAGAGGCAGCUUCUGAAGCGCUUCAAGACAGGCGAGGAGAGGGAGGGACGGUUGAUGGUGGGAGGAGCAGUGAGGAUGUGGAGGAGGUGGAGGAGGAGGAGGAGGAGGUGCAGGAGGUGGGAGAGGAAGGGGUUGGUGAGGAGAGGGCAGGUGGAGGAGUGGUGGUGGUGUUGGGGAGUGAGGAUGAGGGAGAGGAGGCAGCGGGGGCGCAGGAGACUGGUUGCAGGGGAAGAGGUGGAGUGGUGGGGAAAAGGGCGAGGACGGGAGAGGAGAUGGGCUCUGAGGAGGUGGAAGGGAGGAAGCUAUUCAAGAAAAAGGAUAAGGAGUAUGCUGAUGAUGAUGCUACUGAUGGUGGUGGUGAUGACACUACUGAUGUUGACGUCGAUGGUGACGAUGAUGCGGAUGAGGAUGGUGAUGCAGAUGAUGAUGGUGAUGGUGAUGAUGAUGUGGUGGAGGUGGUGGGGGAGGAGGUGUGCGGGAGCAUAGUGCGGCACGAAUCAGCAGCAGGAGCAGCCACAGGGCAUCAUGCCAGGGUGACCUCGCCAUCUGCACUCACCACUGCAGCAGGCCGUUUGUCCGGACAUGGACACGGCUCAGCAGAAUUUUUGAACAAGGCACAUGCAAUAGCAAGCACAGUCCUUGCCACACCCCAUGCUCCAGUAACUCCUGCGAGUGCUGGUAACCACAUUAUCUCAUCAGCGCGGGUAACCAGCACCCCACCAGGCCACCUCUUAUGUUCCGAGCAGCACAUAGGCGGAGUGAAGCGGCAACGCUUCUUUGGCUCCUGGCACCGCCAGGGCCCUCUCUUUCAAGACACUCACACUCACACAGGAGUAGCGGACCUUGCAGUGAACCAGGGCCCUCAUUUUCAAGAUACUCAUGCUCACACAGGGAUAGAGGGCCUGGCGGGGCCAAGGAUAGUUCACCACGCCAGCUCUGGUGCUGCUGAGGUGAAUGAGCAGUAUAGGCCGUCCACUGGAUCGCUCUAUAGAGAGGAUGCAGUGGGUUUGGCCCAUGGGGAGGGGAGAGGGGGCAGGGGAGUGGAGGCUGUAGCAGAGACGGCGUAUGGGGGUGUGUUGGAUGCGCUGUGGGUGCAGGGAGGGGGGCAGGGGAUUACGUGGGAUAAGGAGGUGUUGCUCACAGACCUGCGUAGGGCUUUAAGUAUCUCAAAUGACCAGCACUCUCGGCUGCUUGGUGCUUUGCUGUCAUGGAGUGAGGUGCGAGAUGCCAGCUGUCUCGUUCGGUAUUGUCCAGGGUGUGGAGGCCACUCAUCUCUUGGAAGGAUCCUCGUCGACAUUCUCGAAUUGCCGUGGAGCCUUCACGCGCAUGACGAUAGGAUGAGCAUCUGA